AUGGGCAAGUUUAGAAGAGAAACCCCUAACUUCUGCCAGAACGAGACUAGAACUAUGUUUGAAGCAUGGGAGAGGUUUAAGGAGGACUUUUGGGAUGGAUUGACACCAGCCUCAUGUAGAACAUUGAGCAAUGCAGCUGGAGGCCCGUUGAUGAAAAAGACUCCAGAGGAGAUAGUCACAAUUCUAGAUGAGUUAUCUAAAGAUACAUAUCAGUGGCCCUCUGAGAUUGCUAAAAGAAGAAGAUCAAGUAGUGUUCACCAAGUUGAUGCUAACAUAUCCGUGCAGGUACAAGUUGAUGCGAUGGCCGAAGAAAUACGGAAGCUCACCUUAGCUUCAAUAAAAAGUGAGCCUCAUGCAGCUUGGGAUAUAUGUGGAAGAGGACACCCUACUCAUCAGGGCCAAGACUCAACUGAGGAAGUUAAUGCUGUUGGGAAUUAUAACUUCAAUGCAAUGGGUCAAAAGCACCCCGGUUUCUCAUGGAGUUCAUCUGGGGGUACUGCAAAUGCAUGGAAACAAAACAAUCCCAGAUUUCAGGGACAAGGAUCUCCUGGUUUUGUAAAUCAGUCGAGGCUGCAGUUUCAGCCUAAACAACCAAUUCAGUCAGGGUUAGAAGAUCUAAUGAAGUCCUUCAUUGUCACGACAGAUGAGAGAUUAGAUUCUCAUGGUGCAGCUAUCAAAGAACUUGGGACAUGUUUGCGUAACUUGGAGAAACAAGUGGGACAAAUUGCAACUAUAUUAUUUGAGAGAAUCCCAGGUACUCUACCAGCUGAUAAUGAAAAGAAUUCUAAAGAAGCGGUGAUACCUAAAAAAGAAAGUGGGACGGAGUUAAAAAUUGAAGAUGAUAAAAAGAAGAAAGGCAAGAAGGGAGUAGAGAAAAAUAAGAAGGAGGAAACUUCGAGAAGGGAGGACUCUAAUGAAGAGAGAAAGCACAUGCCUGCUCUACCUUUUCUCAAAAAGCUCUAUAGAGAAAAGCUGGACAAAAGUUCUCUCACAAAUGCCAGCUUAUGCCAAAUUCUUGAAGGAGAUCCUGACAAAGAAGAGGAAGAUAGAAGAGACCUCAGUGAUCAAGCUCACAGAGCAUUGCAGUUCAAUCUUGCAAAACAAACUCCCACAAAGUAUGGAGAUCUAGGGAGUUUUACUAUACCUUGCUCUUUAGGCACUCUUAACUUUGAUAAAUCUUUAUGUGAUUCUGGUGCCUCAGUUAAUCUAAUGCCAUUGUCUAUUUAUAGGAAACUGGAGAAUGAGAUUGGAGAGAUAAGGUCGGCGCCAAUAUCUUUGCAGCUGGCAGACCAAACAACUAUAACACCCGAGGGAAUAGUGGAAGAUGUUUUGGUUCAGGUAGAUAAGUUCGUAUUUCCUAUAGAUUUCAUAGGGAUGAAUAUGGAGGAAAACAAGGAGGUGCCUCACAUCCUAGGAAGACCAUUUUUAGCAAUGGGUAGAGCUAUACUGGAUAUACACGAUAGAAAACUCAUGACUAGAGUGGAUGAGGAGACUGUAAAUUUUUAG